AUGAAAACUGGGAGGAUGGUGAACGAGUCAUUGGUUUAUUGUGAACAACUUUUACAUGGUGCAGCCUGGGUAACGAAACGUGUAAGGGCAGAGGAAAGUGGAAAAGUUGGAAGACAAAGGAGAACAUGGCAUACGGCAAGAGAAGAACAGGAUUUGGUCCAUUUGGAUCAUGUUUUUAGCGUUGAACAUAAUAGCCAGGUGGGGCCCACCCACAAUGAGUGGCGUUUCCUCGUUAACAACUAA